UUCUCAUUCACGAUCGCUCUCGCGCAACCCUCCGAACGGGCCGUCUGCCUUCUCGGUGUCUUCUGCACCGCGUGUUGCGCCACAUUGUCGUUAAGAAUCAGCUCAGGGUAUCCCAGCAAGAUCCCACAUUUUUUGAAGACUCCUGCUUCGACUAUGACCGAAUCAAAGAAUUAGACACCAUUUCAGGCAAGGGACCACAUCGUCCCCCAAUGUCUCUCAGUGUCUCCAUCAGCCUGCAUGAGAAUUCUCUCUGAAAGAAGUCCGGCUCCACAUGGGGUCGACGGUUAAAAGGCCGGUAGCUCUGGCGACAGCGCAAUGGCUACCGCCAUGAAGUUUCUUGCCUUGCUCUCCUUCCAGCUGCUGGUGGUUUGGACCGCCCUCGCUUCGCACACAGUCAAAGAACGAGUGGAACCCCCUCGUGGAUGGGCCAUCCACUCCCACGCUCCCGACAAUCAUAUCAUCAAUCUGCGCAUCGGUCUCCCCCAGCCCAACUUCCACGUCCUGGAGGAGCACCUGUACGCCGUCAGCGACCCAUCCCAUGAGCGCUACGGCGCGCAUCUCUCGAAAGAGGAGAGUGAAGCAUUGGUUCUGCCUACUGCCGAAAGCGUCGAAGCUGUCACCAGCUGGCUUGAAUCCCACGGAUUGCCCCGGGACCAGAUAGUCAAGUCUGCUACCGGCGGGUGGCUGUUGGUCGCCGUUCCGGUUUCACAGGCUGAGUCAAUGCUUCGCACGAAGUAUCACGUUUGGAAGCACACGACCAGCGGCGAGUUCCUUGUCCGCACGACCGAGUAUAGCCUUCCAGAAAGUCUCCAUGCGCACAUCGAUCUCGUGCAGCCCACCACGCUGUUCAGCUCAUUCAAGCAGAUGAGGUCGACUAUCCACUCGAUCGACGUCGACAAUCAACUUGCCGAGCAAAAAUCCAGUCCGGGACCCGUUGUCGACGCUAGCUGUAACACGACCAUCACUAUUUCUUGCCUGCGCCAAAUAUACAACGCAGUCAACUACACCUCUUCCGCCACCGUCGGCAACUCUAUCGCCGUGACCGGGUACCUCGAGGAGUUCGCUAAUCGUGUAGACCUGCAAUCGUUCUACGCGAACCAGGUCCCCGCAGCAGCAGCCGUCAACUCCACAUUCAACUUCAUCUCCGUCGCCAAUGGCUUAGACUCGCAGAACGCAUCUGAGGCUGGCGGUGAAGCAAAUCUUGAUGUCCAGUUUGCAUUUGGAUUGAGUUUCCCGGCAAAUGCGACCUUCUACUCAACUGCUGGAAGGCCUCCUUUCAUCCCGAGUGUGGGCACGCCCACAGACUCGAACGAGCCGUACACUGAGGCAUCUAAAGUUCUGAUUUUCUGCCACAUCGACACUGAUGAUCAUAUGACAGUGGUUGGACUUCAUCCUUGGGCAGAAGAAUCCACCGUUGACCAUCUCCACGUCGUACGGAGACGAAGAACAAACAGUUCCCGAAAGCUUUGCCAAACGUGUUUGUUCUGAGUUUGCCAUAUUGGGUGCCCGGGGUGUCACGCUCACGUUCUCGUCCGGCGAUGGCGGUGUCGGCGACGGGGAUCCGGAUCCUGCGACGACGACUUGCCUGACAAACGACGGCCAUAACACGACUCGUUUCAUUCCAGGUUUCCCAGCCUCAUGUCCAUUCGUCACUGCAGUUGGCGGCACAACUCACUUCCCAGAAGUCGCGGCAAGUUUCAGCGGCGGGGGAUUCAGUAACUACUUCUCUCGGCCAUCCUAUCAAGAUGCCGCGGUCACUCGGUUCCUCAGCAAGCUCCCGAAAGGCACGUACCAAGGUCUCUUCAAUGCGAGCGGUCGCGCGAUUCCCGACGUCUCCGCACAAUCAGAGCGCUUCCGAGUUUUCAUCGGCGGACGCGCAGCUGGAGUUUCAGGCACCUCAGCGUCGUCCCCCGCAUUCGCUGGUUUCGUUGCGCAGUUGAAUGAUGCAAGGCUCAGAAAGCGUCUCCCGCCUUUGGGAUUCCUCAACCCGCUCCUAUAUACCGUCGGCGUUGCCGGUCUGAACGAUAUCACGGUCGGCAGCAAUCCUGGAUGCGGUACCCCUGGGUUCAAUGCGACUACAGGAUGGGAUCCCGUCACUGGUCUUGGAACUCCCGACUUCGGAAAGUUGGUGUCAAUAGUCACAAAUGUUUAGUAGCGAAAGUAAAUGUCCUUGAAAUUCAUAUUGUACCCGGCUCAGGAAACCACCCGCACUCCCUGAAGUCGACCUUCAUCUGACCGCCCGCUGUCACAGUGACUUCGACACCUUCCGCCUCGAGCGCGUCGCUCUGGCGCUGUGCACCGUUGGUCCCGGGCCCACGUGAUGAAAUCGCGCCCGAAGAGGAUACAACCCGGUGCCAUGGGAUAGGUGGGUUCGUACCAGGGGUCAGAAACUUGAGUGCUGUAUGUAGGUAGAGCCAAUUGACGCGGUGGAGAGUGGGGUGUGUAGGGGAGGGGCAGGACGUACCUUGACCAACGUGACGUGAGUGGUUUGGCAUUCCGAUGAGUUUUGCUAUGUGUCCUGGUCGUUGGCGCCUCAAUUCAGCAGCUGGGGAGAACGAAAUAUAGAGUAGGUGAAGCAUACCGUAGGACGUCACCUUUUGUUGUGGAAUAAGCCGAACCGUGUCAUAAACCUGAGAAUGAGGCUUCAAUUAGAUACAUUCUUCCAUGACACUGACUGACCGCAGCGUGGAAUUCAGCACUGUCCAUGAUGAACGCGUCGUAACGAGUUCUGCCGCGGCUAAUGAGGGCACCACUUGUCACGGUGACCGUGACUUUCUGCUAGAGCGUAAUGAGGAUGACAAUCGCUGCUAGAUCUGCGUCCAGCGGCUCCGAAUGGUACACUCUGACUACUUCAGUCCUUUUCAUACGCUACCAUGGCCCCCAGAUCCAAAGCCACCCCAAAUACUUCCAGGGCCAUCAUCGUGACCUCGCAACAAUCCCGAUUCCAUGCCGAAACGCUCGACACCAGCCGCGAGAUUGACCUCAAGGGUGUUACUAUCGCCAUCGGCGAACGUGAGCUGAUCUCGCAAAGCCACCUGCGUCUUAAGGACGGGGUCCGAUACGGGCUGGUCGGACGGAAUGGGAGCGGGAAGACGACGCUGUUGACAGCGAUUGCGGACAAGCUCAUCCCGGGGUUGAACCCCAGGAUGCGCAUCCUGCUGCUGUCGCAGGUGGAGGACAGCGCCCGCGCGACAGACGCUUCGGCCGAAUCCGGCGCACCCGAUGUUCUGCAGCACGUCAUCAAGGGCGAUAAGGAACGACAAGCGGUGGUCGAAGAACACGACGCUCUCACCAAGGCCGUCGAAUCAACGUCACUGCAAGAAACCCAACGGAUUGUCUACACAUUGCGGCUCGAGAAACGACGCCGCGAGUUGAUCGAGGCACGGAAGGUUGCGAGCCGCAGAUCUGGCGCUCGCGGCAAAGACGCGCGUGCAGAAGAGAUCAAAGCAGAGGAGAAUCUGAAGAAGGCUGAAGAGUUGCUGGAGACCACCGAAAUCGAGCCGGACAUCAUGGGCCAGGCACUCGAGAUGCUUCAAGACGUCCAAGUCACUUUGGAUCUGCUUGAAACAUCGUCCACUGAAGCGCGAGCCGCGAGCAUCCUGCAUGGCUUAGGAUUCUCCCAAGAGAUGAUCGACGGGCCAUAUACAUCCCUUUCGGGUGGCUGGAGGUCACGGUGCUCUCUAGCGACCUCCCUCCUGGUUCACAGUGACAUAUUGCUGCUUGAUGAACCGUCCAACUUUUUGGAUUUAGAAGCCAUCAUCUGGCUCGAAGGAUUCCUCAAUGCACAGCCGCGCACUCUCGUGCUCAUCUCCCACGACCAAGACUUUCUCAAUAACGUCGUCGAGGAAACGAUCGUUCUACGGACACAAAAGCUGGAAUACUUCGAAGGAACUCCUGCGGUCUUUGAAGUAGAAGAGCGCAAGAAGAGGAAGCAUCUCUCCGCAGCACAAGAGACCCUCGACAAGAAGCGCGAACAGAUCGAAAAGACGAUUCAACAGGGAAUAUCCAGCGCCAAGAAGACAGGCGAUGACAACAGAGCCCGGAUGGCUAAAUCACGGCAGAAAAAACUGGACGAAAGAUGGGGAGCCGAAACCAGCGCCAAAGGAACACGAUUCAAGCUCAACCGAGACAUGGCUGGAUUCCAUCUGACGAAUCGCAGCGAGAUCGAGCAACUUGCAACGGAACCGCGGGUCCGGAUCCACAUUGAGAAUCCAGAGAAACUGCGGACGGUGGGCGACCUGAUACAUUUCGACGCGGUGGAGUUUCGGUUCCCGAAAGCCAAGAAGGCGUUCUUGGAAAACAUCACCUUCACUGUCAGUCAAGGUGGCCGAUGUGCUUUUGUCGGCGCGAACGGCCAGGGAAAGUCGACGAUAGCGAAGCUGAUCAUGGGAACGCUUAAGCCUACGAAAGGAACAGUCACACGACACCCUUUGCUGAAGAUCGGAUACUUCUCGCAGCACUCUGUUGAAGAGCUAUCAGCGCCAUCCGAUGGAGUGGUGACCGCGCUUUCGUACUUCCUCGAUCACUUCGAAGCGAAAGGGGAGAAAGUGACCGAGCAGGAAGCUCGCAAGUGUCUGGGGUCGUUCGGUCUGCAAGGGAAGAUCGCAAGCGACGCGCCGUUGACACAGCUGAGCGGUGGGCAGAAGGUACGCCUUGCCCUUGCGCUGAUCGUGUUCCAUCCUCCGCCGCUAUUGCUCCUCGACGAAGUCACGACGCAUGUCGACUUUGCGACCAUCCAGUCGCUGGCGCAAGCGCUGAAAACGUUCACCGGGGCGAUCAUUAUGAUCACGCACGAUCGCUGGUUCAGUCGAGUCGUCGUCGAGCGCGUCUCGCUACGGCAAGCCACCGGGGUCGAGGACGAUGACGAUGCGUCAGAUUCAGAAUCUUCUGAUGACGGUGAUGGGGAUGGAAAGGGAAUUUCUCCAGGAAAGACGUAUCGGGUCGGCGGUGGGAAGAUCAAAGAGAUGGAUAAAGGCAUGGAGCAGUACGUUGCGUUUGUCGAACGAAAGUUGGCGAGGCUGCAGCGAGAGCGGGAUGCAAAGACGUAGAUGCAUUGGAUUCAUUCUAUUCAUAUUCGGGCAUGUAGAUAUGGCCUGGUGCACACCAGGACAAGGUGGCUCCGUAUGUCGACAAGACGAUCGCUCCCGUCGCAGCACUUUCUGGGAGACAUGGCAACGGGAUUGACCGCGUCCAUACGCUUUGAACGUCGUCCUCUUGCGGAAGAUGUCUGUUGGCAAGCCGUGCAUGGCGCGGUGCGCCUGGCUGCUUCAUGAGGAGAAAACCGGCGUACGAAGUUGACAUCUUGUGAAAAGUGCUGUCGGCAGGUCUGACGGAUUUGUGCGUCAGAGAGAGAGAUCCUGUGUGAUCGAUGGAGAAGUGGUAGGUGAAGGACGCACAGAACCACUCAUGUGGCUCAUGCUCAGAUGGAGGAUACAUGUUCUCCCAUGCAGAGAGCGUCAGUCUGUAGCCUCCGUCGCGGAGUGGAUUUGGAUGCAUCCGCAUCGUCAUGUCGCCUUGGUCUCCGUAACACACCCCGUUAUGGAUUAGACGUUCGAAAAGGAGAGGUCUGAAUGAGCUGAGCGGGUGAGAUUUCCAUUCCUGCCGAUAAGAAGAUGAAGUGUCCAGGUAGGAUGCGCAUGCUCGGAGUCUGUAACAAGUCAAUCAUCGGGGAUGGCGCUGCAACAGCAGAUAAAGUACCGAGCGAGGAGCGUCCAGUUCGACAGCAAGCCAUUUCCUGGUCACCCAAUUGGUAAUAAUAGCACCGCCGAUUCGGAGAGGCCCAUCCUCCCACAAAGCACCUACAUACGAGCCAUGGAUAGCGACAGCGUGAAUGGGGUCUGUCCGGCGCAUGGGAACAUCCGAGGAAAACGUCACUCGAGCCUGGCCACUGGAUCGCUGCAAAUGGACCACGGUCAUGCUGCUGAGUUUUCGUUCAGCAUCCCCGCGUACGGGUACAAAUGUCGCCACAUACUAUGGAUUAGCACCCCCAUCGCCAAUGGUAAGAACCGCAAGAUGGAUGUCUCCUGCCGAGUCCUGGUCCAUCUCAUACGCCCAGAGACAAAGUGUUGCCUUGCGCCAGACGAUCUCGCCGGUCUGUCGCCAGACGCAAGUCAGCGCGUCGAUGUUGUCGAGCAUGAUGAAUUCUCCACCCGGGAGCACUUUGCACUUGGUCCAGCCGUCGACUGCUCCGGUGGGAUCUGGUAGCGAGUGCUCCGUGAGAGUGAGGUCGCCGGAGAUCGCUGCGGGCCCGCAGACGAGCUUCUUCAGCUCUUCUAUGAUGCCAUUUCUGGGCAAGCGACGCAGAGCGGCGAUCUUGGCAUCGGAGAAAUACGCGCCGAGAUUCGCAGCGAGCGCGAGCCAUAGCGUAGUCGACUGUGUCAAGCUGUGGCUGUGACGAUUGAGCUUUCAAUCCUUGUGGUCAGCAGCUAGACGGGGUAUUUUGAGAGGUCAAG